UUGACCGACAUACUUUGGCACUUUUGACAGUUAGCAUGAUAGCAGCUAGCUAGCCGGAAAAACUCCUCAGAUAUCAUGCCAGCAAAACAGUCCGCACAAAGUUAAAAGUGUUUUUAGUUUCCGAACUCGUCACAGUCCGAGGAUGUUUUCAUCUGUCUGGAAUUUUGUCAAACGCCACAAAAGGAAAUUUAUUUUCACCGGAGCUGUAGUUGGAGGAGUGUACUUCCUGGGUAAAUAUGCCCAGAAGAAGAUCAGGGAGAUCCAGGAGAAAGAGGCGACCGAUUACAUCGCUCAGGCCAGACGACAGUUCCACUUUGAAAGCAACCAGAGGACCUGCAACAUGACCGUGCUGUCCAUGCUCCCUCCUCUGAAAGAAGCCAUCAUCAAUCAACUGAAUUCAGAAAACCUAACUGCACUACUCAAGACCAAACCAGCCAAUAAACUGGAAAUCUGGGAAGAUUUAAAGAUCCUCAGUUUCACCCGCACCGUCGUCGGGGUGUACAGCACCUGCAUGCUGGUGGUUCUGCUGAGAGUCCAGUUGAACAUCAUAGGAGGUUACCUGUACCUGGACAACUCCAUAGGCAAGAACACAAUGACUCCUCUGGCCCCCCCAGACGUCCAGCAGCAGUACCUGUCCAGUAUCCAACAUCUACUGGGAGACGGUUUGACAGAGUUGAUGACAGUAGUGAAGAAGGCAGUACAGAACUCGCUGGGAGGCAUGUCUCUGAAGCAGAGCCUGUCUCUGCUGGAGUUGGAGCAGCAGUUGAGUUGGAUCCGAGCGGAGGUGGAGUCCGGCUCCGAGCGGCCGCUGUCCUGGUACAUGCUGGCUGACGACGAGAACGCGCUCGCCGACCAGGCGUGUGGGCUGACAGAAAACGAUGCUGUGACCAUCAGACUGUUAAACGAGACCAGAGACAUGUUGGACAGUCCAGACUUCUCCACCGUCCUGAACGCCUGUUUGAACCGAGGUUUCUCUCGUCUGCUGGACAACCUGGCCGAGUUCUUCCGCCCACCUCCCGGUGACUCCGCCCCCAGCUCUGCAGCCGAUAGUCUUGCUGCAGUCAGUCUGCCGCUGGCGAAGAUCAUCCCCAUCGUCAAUGGUCAGAUCAACACCAUCUGCAGCGAGACUCCCAGCCACUUUGUUCAGGACUUGCUGAUGAACGACCAGGUCAAGGAGUUUGCGGCCAACGUCUAUGAGACCUUCAGUGCGCCACAGGAGCUGCAGAAAUAAUCAACCAAGCACGAAGAGAAGAGAAAGGGAAAAUUAGAGAGGAUGAAAAGAGGGAUGAAAACAGAAAUAACAAAAGCCUGGACUGUUAAUCCCUUCUUCCUUUCUGUGAGACACUUUUCUUCUCCCAGUCCUGCAGACUUUUCAUUUUGACGGCGGGGAUUCACGACAAGGCGGCAGUGGGUGUUUCUGUGUCCCCUCUGGGAAAAUUAUGGAUUACAGAACUGGUGGAGGAAGAGGAGACUUGCUCUGGGGUUUGUAGUCACAGCAGGGCCUGUGAUUAACUCUGGGACCACUGCAUCUUGGGAACUGGAGUCUUAUUUAACCUGGUAAUUUGGGUUUUAUUUACCCCAAGAGGUAAAGAACACACACUGAGAAAAGAACGGAUCUCCAAAUAAACUCUUUUCCAACAUGACGAUCCUGAAACACCGUCAGUUUAUAAUGAUGAUAUUAUAGAUUUUCCCCUUUUCCAGUACACAGCAGUGGUGAGUGUUUCCAUACGAGAAGGGUUUACAAUGUGUAAAGGUUUUCUUCUUUCCUUUCUUUCCUUUCACAGCGUCAUCCAGGUGGUAGUGGGAUGUUUGUUGGGUUGGACCGAUGUGGGCUGAUACUGAGGUGAUUUUAUUUAAUUUUUCUGCUAAUAUUCAGUGUUUUUAAAAUGGUGGAAACGUCAGCAGCAGUUUUGUGGGUAAUUUGGAGAUAUUACAGUUUACAGCUAAGAACGUGAUUAUCAAUGAGUGAGAAGAUGAACAAGCUGUAUUUUCACAGCCAUUGUCAUUGAUUAAUUCCAAAUUUAAUAUAUGUAUCAGAGGUGGGUGACUUUAAGUGGUCAAAAUCUUACUUUUAAUAAAACACUAAUGUUAACAAACUCCUAUCAGUCCAACCGCAGUUGUGUGUAGUUGCUCUUUUUCCAUCUAAAAGACAACAGUUCACUUGUUUUGGUGCAGAGUCAAAAAUGAGGACAUGUAGACAUUUCUGAAAAACAAUCUAUAAAUACCGGUAUGUGUUUUGGAGCAUUUAAUCCAGUGUCCUUUUCCCAGUGUAGUUCUUUUUCUGUCCACAAGGUGUCACUCUUCUUCAGCUGGUGUGUGAGACUCCCUCUGCAUUGCCAUCCUUUUGCUUUUCAUAUGAAGGACUUUAUUCCAAAAUUUAAUUAAAUAAAAGUUUUGUAUUUGUGAUUCUGUCCAUGACAGUAUUGGUAUUGAUCCUCGUUUGCAUUGUAAAACGGUUAAACCUACUACAAGGAGUUUUUACCUGGUUAUGAAACGGUCCCAAUUUAAUACUGACCCCUCUAUAUGACCUACGUAAACACAACAAGACUUAUUGAAAAGCUGAAAGGAUUUUAAAGCACACAUUUUGACUAAUAACAUAACAUUAACGAUGGCUCCAUUCCAUUCAGUGUAAGCCAUGUCAGUCGGUGAGCGUGCACAACACCAGAGCCCUGCUACUGGCUUAUCUAAAUGGAAUGCAGCCAUUAUUGAUAUUAUAUGUGCUUUUCCUGCUUUGACGAGACAAAACAUCUGCAGUGAAGAGGGUCUAUUACAGGAGCGUUAUCCAGGAAGCCAACAGAUGUGUGAAACUCCAUCCCACCACCUCUGAUUAGCUACUUCAAUAAAUCGGGUGUGUUGGGCCAGUGGAGAGCUGGUUAACACACCGAGACUGGAAAUACCCAGCACUUGGGGUCUCCAGGAGCAGCAUUAAAGUGACUUUAGGGGACAGUUCAGUGAGACCAGGGGAAGGUGAUUUUUUACAUUAUAUCACAACUGACAGUUUCAUCGAAGCGGAUCUGUUAGCGGUGGCUUUCACUUUUGAAUUCUAUACUUUCAUUUACUCUAUAUUGUUUCAGUCGUUUACUUAGAUCACUGUAACCAUAGUAAAAUACCUCUCAGAGCAUUACUUUACUACUCUGACAGAUCAAAUACUACUUAAGCUUUAAUUUGUCCCACCUCGGUGAUACACGGGCAGGGUUUGCUACCUAUGGAGGUAAAGCUGCAAAGCAAAGGUAAAGCUCCUAAAUGAAUAGUAGAGGAAAAGCUGCUGAUGUCAUAAAACUGGAAGAAGUUAAAAUAUGCUUUGGUGACUGUUGGGAUUCACCAGAAACCAGAUUGUGGAGAGAAAGAAUCCACCUCCUUUCAGUCUUUGUCUGUGGGUCAUAUGAGAGCAGGUAACCUGUAGCUUUAGGCCAGUUUCCUUCUCAUUGAGAUAACAUCAGCUGACAGUCCCUCUAACUUAGUUCCUGAUCCCUCGAUGACUUAAACUGUCAGGUGAGAAUGUAAAUCUCUAUGUAAUCAAUAAUGUUAUGCCUUUUGAAGCAUAGCAUCCUGAAUGACAGCUGAAAUGUAUGUUUGUAGCAAUUUACUGAAGAGAUAAUAAACAUCAAAUGAGAUUUCA